AUGGCCCGAGAUGCUCGCGGGUACCUGGCCUCUUUCGCCGCACCCUUCCUGAGGUUCCGGCGGAAGACCGAGCUCCUGUCCUACUUGUUUCUGUGCUUGUCCAAGAUGCCCUUCAUCCCGCCCGUGCCGGUGAUGGCGGCGGCGGCGGCCGGACCGGGCGGCAAGGCGGCGCCCCCGAAAGGCGGCGACUCGGUGAAGGAGCGCCUGGCGUCCAACCUCAAGCAGCUGGGCAAGAAGAGCCUCCUGCCCACGGCCACCAGAGGGCUGUCGGAGCCCAGGAAGAAGGGACCCUCAUCGUGCGGGGGGCCGCCCGAGGGCCUCCCCGCCUCCAGGUCUGGGGAGUCUUUGUCCAAGACCUGCCAGGUGAGACCCCGGAUCAAAUCCCGCCGGGAGGAAACCCGAUUCACGCUGACCCUAACCCCCGAGGCGGUCCUGCUGCUGCAGAGGCGCAACAACAACAACAACAACCAUAACCACCACCACAUUUCCGGAAGUGUCCCCGACUCCAGGCGAUUCAGGCGGAGCCCCCGCCCGGGCGCCUCCCCGUCCCCGCGGCCCCACGACCGGGCGGCGGCAUUGGUCAGCACUCGCUGCGACGUGAGCUCGAUGGUGAAGGUGUCCCUGCUGAACGAGCGUCACCGCUACGACGACGAGGAGUACGAGGACGAGGAGGAACGGGGCGGCCGGGUGGACCAGCGCGUGAUGCUCAAGUGCACCGAGUGGCUGCGGGGGCUGGAGAACACGCCCAUCGCCGCGGGAACCCGGCAGAGCCCCACGGUCAAGAGCUUCUGAACCCCACUUUUGGAACCUGACCCUUUGGCUUCAGGGCCCGGCAGCAAGUGAACUGAGAGGAAGAUUGCUGUUCAAUGGGGGGGGGGGGGGGGGAGACUAAGGACAUGUUCCGGCUGCUUUCAAAACAAAACAAAGUCAAAAGCUAAAAACUAGUGCUGUCAAACGAUUAAAAUAUUUAAUCGCGAUUAAAUAUUUUAAUCUCAUAGUUAACUCAGAAUUAGCCGUAAUUAAUCACAGAUUUUUAUCUAUUCUAAAUUUCCUUUGAUUUCUUGCCCCAUUUUAACGCUCUCAUCAACAUGGAAUUGUGGAUCCGUUUAAUUGAUCUUGAAACUACUUUAUGAUCUGAAACGAUGCAUUUUUGGAGGCCAUUUUGGAUGCAAAGUAAAAUAGCAUUUGGACGGUCUGAACGAGUGGAUAAAGCGUCUUCCGUGACGGCACCUAAUGUGACUUCUGUCACCAUAAGAAGCUUGAUAAGGUCUUUAGACGGCGGAUUACUGCGCACUCGCCUCCCUCGUGGCCGGACCGAGUGCGCUCAAAGUGGCGGAUUAUCCGCCUUGCCGUCAACCGUUAAAACGCGUGCAGGCAGGGGGGGGGGGGGGGGGGGUUAAACCACGAUGCCUGUUCAUUCAAAAACAACAUGGAGGAAUCCUUUCGUCUGGGAAGCAUUUACACCACAGGUGUCAAACCUACGGCCCGCGGAGGUUCGAUCAGGCCCGCGGGAUCAUUCAAAAGUGAAAAAAAAAAUGCAGAAAAGGCACGGAAUGAAUAUUUUGAAUAAAUUCAUGGGGUAUCCGCUAGGGGGCACAGUUUUGAUCGGACCGUUUUGGUUUGUGAACAACAGGUGGCACUGUGGGGCUUUUCCCUGCAGCUGCGCACCUGCUGGUGGUUGGGCAAUUCUGGCUAUAAAAGAACUUCCAGCCGACGGCUCAUUGUUUGUUUCUUUGCUGCGGUCAUGUUCUCCACCAUGUUUUGUUGACUUAGUUUUAGCUACGGCCUGGGUUUUGUUUGAUACUUUGGAUUCUUUGUUUUAUCAAUACACUUCAAGUACACCCUGAUCCUCCCUCCUGCCUGCUUUUUGGGGUCCACCACCGCCUCGCAACGUGACAGUUUUUGAUUUUCGUGGAUUAUUUUUCCUCAAACGGCCUCGAGUGAGUUGGGCCCUUACAUUGAGUCCAUGUCUGAAGAUAUUGAUCCACUUGAGCACCUUAAUUAAUUCCGUUUUUCACGGCCCUCUGAAUAGGAAUCGUCGGCCGGCAUGGAAGGAUCACUCUUUCUGUACAUUUAUUGGAUCACUUUGAAGCAGAAGUAGUAGUAGAUGAAACAGAAGUAGUUGCAGAAGCGGGUAAUGACCUAAAGCACACAAAUGCAGUAAAAAAAUUAAUCUCUUUCUGCAUCAUGAUGUAAAUAGGUAUAGAAUUUACCGUAAUUUUAUUUUAACAAUACAUUUAAUAAAUACUUUAAUCAACCAUGACUUCACUAUGUCGUCAUUAUUUUAAACGUAAGAAACCAUACGUCACAAACGCAUCAAGUCGACUCGAACAAAAGAACUACAAGUCCCAAAGGUCCAACCCGGAAGUGGAGCGCCGGCAUGAUGAAGCCCAGCUGCAACGCGAUGUACUUCGCGUUCAAACAAUCAAUUGCAGCCGGACAAACAUGACAA